UUCUCUCAGAGGUCGAUUGAGUCCGAGACCUCUUCUGGUAGAUUUCGUUUUUCGAUACACAUUUCGUGAUUUUUUUUUUUUUUCUCUUAGCCUUCUGUCUCAAAAGUCCGAAAGACAACAGAAGUGAGGAGUGGAUCAGAUUUUUUUUUUUCUCUCUCUCUGAGGAGCCAGAUUUACGCGUCUGUGAAGAAAAAAGGGAUCUGUGGCAAGAUGACGAGGCGCUGGCGAUGGAGUUCGCUUGCUGCUCUCGUGCUCGUUGCGGCCCAUCUCGUCGCCCAGACUGGGGCAGCCUCCAACGACCUGGGGAUGCUGGAGGAGGCCCGGGAAGCCCUGAACCACGCGGAUGAAGCGCUUACAUCACUUGAAGAUCUUGUGUUCUCCAUUAUCUCAACGACAACGGCCACAAGUACAACCUCAAGUACACCCGCAAACACAUCUUCGACUGUCGGAGGAAGUACGUUGUCGACGUCUGUUCCUGCAUCGUCGACGUCGCCGGUUACGUUUACAACACCACCUUCCGGGCAGUCUACUACAAGCGUUUCAACUACGAAGGAAACUACCCCUGUACACCCCACAGGGAAUACCAUACCAUCUACAGAAUCGACGGGAACUUCAAGCACAGGAAAACCCGUAACUACGGAUAGUACAGAACCUCCAAUAACACCAGAACCUACAACAACACCAAAGGUAACAACAGAGCCAACAACAACACCAGAAUCUACAACACCAAAAGUAACAACGCCAGCGCCAACAACAACACCAAAAGUGACAACAACGCCAAAAGUAUCAACGACAGAGCCAACAACAGAGCCAACAACAACACCAAAGUCUACAACACCAGAAGUGACAACGCCAGAGCCAACUACAACACCAAAGUCUACAACACCAGAAGUGACAACAACGCCAGAGCAAACAACAACACCAGAAGUGACAACAACGCCAGAGCAAACAACAACACCAGAAGUUGCGACAACAACGCCAGAGCAAACAACAUCAGAGCCAUCAAAAGAGCCUGGAACAACAACACCAGAGCCAUCCAACCCGACCAAAGGCUUUAAAUCGUUCCCUGUGAUCGAACGGCCUCGCCAUCGCCCUCCUCUCUUCUUCCUAGACUUUUACAAAAAUAAAGAGAAUACUGAAGCCACUACAGUUCCCUCUGAACCGUCAGACUUGUCCUCGGAGAAAUCCACGACCAUUUCAACCCCCGAAGUAUCACCGACGUCUUCAGAACCAUCUACGGCUACGACCAAGCAGAGUACGACCUCGGGGCAGUCCACGAGCGAGUCAACGACGACCGAGGUGACGACUACUGAAGUGCCUGAUCUAAGACCCUGGUACGAAAAAGUUGACAGCACUGUGAACAACAUCAGGAACCUGUCGUUGGAUAUCCAGGAAGGCUAUUUAGACGACUACCAGGCCGAGAGAUUGGACAAUGAGGCCGCGUUUCUGGAGGGGCUGGUGGCGGAGGGCGAGCAGAACACGAGUCUCGUCCUCGAACUUUCUCCGGAGACGAUGCAGCUGGUUCUUAACACGUCCGAAACGGUUCGGGAGGCAACCGAAGACGUCACGGCCGAGAUCGAGGAGAUCUUGGAAAAUUUAACGACAGUGAUUAUCGUAUCAGUGCUGUUGUCACUGCUGUUCGUGGUCAUCCUUAUUGCAUUGGUGAUCAUUUUCAUCCGACCCUGGAGUGGAGGCUGUGGCAAGCCUAGGAAAGACCUGAGGGCCGCUGCUCGCGACGUGGCAGUGGACGAUGAGUUCCCCAACGCAACCUUCGUACAGCACAAGGUGGAAGUGUACAGAACCUACGGUAAUAUGGUCGAGAUGAAGCCGGUUUAGCCAUUUUUUACGGCUUGGUGCUUUUUGUGAUGGAAGGACUUAUAGUAUGAUUGAAACUCUCUGCGAGAGCAUUUGAAAUACUUUUGAGGAAUGAUAAUUGUUGAAAUAAAGAUUGAUCAUGGAUUGAAGUACUGGCUACCUGCGCAUGUAGUGGUACGGCAUACAUUCGAGAUAUCACGUCGCUUGUAUUAAAAUCAUAUAUAAACUGAGUAAAGUGAUCUUAGCCAUUCGAGUGGCUCCGUUAGUAACUAGUUGUAUCUAAUGAUACAGUUUAGGCUUAGGGUACUUUUUAAAAAAUUAAUCAUAUACUGUUUUUCAAUUUCUAAUAAGUACAGUCACACCUACUAUGCACAGGAGAUUAAACUGUGUAUGUCUUAAUUAAUAACUUUUCUAACUUAUGGAGAACUUUAACUUUCUCUAAACUUUCCUGUCCUACUUCCUGGUUAUAAUUGUCUCUUUAGUCAACAGUAUGUACUGAUUUUGUUAAUAUUGUAAUGCAUUGAUUGCUAAUUUAUUUGUGUACACUGAAAAUAAAACAUAAUCUUUUAAA